CAGUGCCCCACGCCGACUCCGACUCGAACGCCACCAACGGUCCUCCUCGCCAUCCAUCGCCGCGCCGUCGCCUAUAAAUUCUCGGCGGCGCUAACGUCCACGGCCGUAUGGCGCACCCCAGCACCGACCCGGCGCGCGCGGCGGCAGCAGCCAUGGCGGACGACGCCGCCGGCAGCAAGGAGGAGCAGGCCUGGAGGGCGCAGGCGCUCGCCGAGAAGUGCUUCCUGGCGGGCAACGUCCACGGCGCCAGGCAGUGGAUGCAGUCCGCGGCCAGGCUCGCGCCGGGGCUCCCCGGCACGGCGCGGGUCGCGGCGGCCUACGACGUCCACGCCGCCGCCGCGGCCGCGCGGGGGGGGCCCGAUUGCUGGUACGCCGUGCUGGGCCUGCGGCCGCCUGGCGGUGGAGGGCCGCGCGUCACCCGCGACGACGUCAAGCGGCAGCACCGCAGGCUCUGCCUCCUCGUGCACCCCGACAAGAACCCCUGCGCCGCCGCCGACGGCGCGUUCAAGCUCGUCCAGGCCGCCUGGCAAGAGCUCUCCGCCAGGCACCCGCCAACCAACCCGCACCUCCGCGGCCACCGCAGCAGCGCCAGCAGGCCCCACCGCCGAGGGCGCCGGAGCCGCAGCCGCGGCCGCGGUCUCAGGUCGUGCAGAUGCCGCGGAGGGCUCCGGCUCCGCCGCCACCGAGGGCUGGGGCGCCGACGACGCCGAGCGCCGCGCACCAGGCGUCGAGGCAGAAGCCCCCGGAGAAAGUCUGGCGGAGCUCGCCGCUGCCUCCGACGGGCCGGAGGCCCACUUCGCCGGCCCGGGACAAGUGCCCGGCUGCGGCGCGUGCACCACCAACGGGGAGAGGAGCUUCCGGUGCGGGAGCUGCCAUUGGAGCCCCAUGGACGAUCGGCCGCCGGACGACGACGACGACUUCUUCGAGGACGACUACUACUAGGCGUUGCUGCGCUCAAGAUCUUGCUGGAUGGGUCGAACAAGAACAGGUUCCAAUUUGGUGUUGUGAGACGUGUGGUUAGGGUUUAUUUGUGCGCUGGUGGUUUGUGGAAUUCUUCUUCAUUGUCUUGGGUACGCUUUGUGACAUGGGAGACGUUACAAGCAGCAGUACAAGCUUGGAAUCCUCCAAAAUCGCAAGAUAUUAAACGAUGUGUUGUACUGCAUCAAGUUUCAGAGGCAAAGUGA